AUGGGUCCCGCGGUGUUCACCGAGCUCGCGCAGCCCGCGUACGCGCGCGACCCCGACGACGACGGCGCCCACCCGGUGUCCGCGCUGCCCCCGGCGGCGCAGCUGGCGCUGCCCGUGCUCGAGCUCGUGGCGGCGGACGAGGGCGCCCACCCCAACCCGUGGACCGAGCCGCUCGAGAUUAAUACCGUGGCGGAGCGGCGCGCGCGCAUGUGGCACCAGCUGCGCGUGGCGUGCGAGAAGGUGACUAACGCGCGGGCGCAAGAGGUGGAGCGCCGAGCAGAGGCGGACGCACAAGCGAGUGCUGGCGGGGCAGCAGCAGUCGUGGGAGCAGCGCACGGGACCAGCAGCGCCGUGCCUCCGUCCCCUCAUCCACCCGACCCCGCUUCUCACGCCGUUGCGGGCGGUGCGACUGCGCCGUUCACAGCAGCAGGCGCGCGUGGCGUGCCGCCCGGCCUGCUGCAGUUCGCGCGCACCGUCGCGCGCCUCGUGGGGGUGGGGGGAGGCGCGCGCGUGGCGCCGGAGUGGAUGGCGGAGGACGGGGGGAGGGCGGAGGACGGGGGGAUGGUGGAGGCGGAGGAGACAGACGAGGGGCGGGGCGAGGGGCGAGAGGGAGUGGACGGCGCACCUGAACUCACGCCCUCUGCUGCUGCUGCUGGCGCUGCUGGUGACAGUGCUGUUGAAGGGCUUUCAGCGCACAAUAAUGAGGAUGCUCCUAGCGGGGUGGAGGAAGGGCAGGCAGCAGCGAGGGGCGGAAGGCCGACAUUCCAGCAGUGGCAGCAGGGGGGCGCGCAGGGGGGUGUGCAGGGCGGCGGGGGGGCGGGGAGGGGCAUGAGGGUGGCGGUGGGCAUGCAGGUGCAGCUGCCUCGCUCCGUGUCGCCCCACAUAAGGGCCUCCAUCACUCCUCGCUCUGCCCGCCUUCGGCGCCGCGUCGGCGCAGCGGUGGGGGCGGAUGGGCCGGCAGGGCUGGGCAGCCCGGGGGGCGGCGAUGAGGGCGCGCGCAGCAGGGGCGUGGGGGGGCUGGCGGACGUGGCGGAGGAUGUGAGUGUAUCGAGGGGCGGGGGCAGAGAGGAGGAGGGGGCGGGGUCGUGGGGCGUGCUGCUGGGGGGCGUGGGGCUGGUGCAGCAGCGCGAGGCACGGGAGCGCGAGUGGGCGCGCGAGGCAGCAGCAGCGGAGGCGCAGGCAGCAGCGCUGGCAGCAGCAGCGGCGGCGCAGAGAGCGGCGGUGGCGCGGAGGAAAGCCGGGCUGGACGGGCUGGAGGUGACCGUGGGGGCGGGCGAGGGCGCUGCCGGGGCAGGGGGCGCAGGAGGAGGGGGGGCAGAGGGUGGGUGGGGCGUGGUAGGGUUCAUUCGGGUUGGGGGGGAGGGCGGUGGGGAGGAGCAGGAGCGGCGGCUGGAGGUGGCGUGUGCCAUCCGCGUGCGCGACACGGCCUCGGGGCACGAGUACCUCGUGGAGCGCCCUGCGCUGCUGCUCUGGGGGGGGGAGCACGGCGCAUGCGGGGCAAUGGGCGCGGAGGCCGUGCCGUGGGGCCUUGGGGGGAAGGCGAUGAGGGCGCGAGGGCAGGCGGGGGCGUCCACUGGCGGGGGGAGUGUUGGCGGGGCGGGGGUUGAGGGCGUGGCAGAGGGGGAGAAUGUGGCAGCGCUGCUGGCUCUGAAGGCCGUGAGGCAGGCGGUGCGCGAGGAGAGGGUGGUGGAGCGGCGCCGCAAGAAGAAGACCCAACCGGCGCCCGCAGGCGCUGCAGCUGGUGGCAUGGCGGGUGCAGGCGAGGGCGAGGAGAGGCCAGCAGAGGGCGCAGUGGAAGGGAAAGGGAGUGCUGCAGCAAGUAGCAGUGCACGGGACAGAGGCACUGUGGGGAGUGAUAGGGAGGGCGGUGAGAGGGAAGGGAAGGCAGGCAGGGCGGAGGGGAAGGAGGAGAAGGAGGGGAGGGAUGGUGGAGAGGUGGGUGCGGUUGAGAGUGGUGAGGAGGGGUCGGACGCGGAGUACCGUGAAGGGGUGCGGUUUGUGAGUGCGAGGCGGGACACCCUGGGCCUGACAGAUGAUGAGGAGGAGGGCGAUGUGGCACGCUGUGAGGUGUUUGCUGAUAUCGAGGAGGCGGGAGAGGAGGAGGAGGGGGAUGAGGAAGAGGAGGAGGAGGAGGACGAGGAGGAAGAGGAAGGAGACGAAGAGAGGGAGGGGGUUUCAGCGGAAGUGGGGGGGAAAGGGGGCGGGGAGGGGGAGCGGGAGGGGCAGCGUGGCGACAAGAGUGGGUCACCGGAGGAGAGUGGGAGGAAGUCCAGGUGGGGGCGCAGGCCGGGCAAGAGCAAGGCGGGCGCAGGGGUGGGGGGAAGCGAGGAGGGGAUGGACGGGGAGGAGGAGGGCGGGGAGGGCAGCAAGGAGGAGCGGGGCGGCGUGGAGGAUGGGGGGGAGGGGGGCGCGCAGGGCCGGCCCAAGUCGAGCCGCGGGCGCGGGUGGCUCAAGGUCAUCUACCGUGCUGCUGGGUACGGCAGUGGCAGUGGCAGUGGCAGCGGGAAGGCCAAGGAUGGCGGCAAGAGUAAGGGGGGCCAGGGGGAGGACAAAGAGGGCGGUGCGGGGGUUGGAGGGGGAGCGGUGGGGGGGGAGGGCAACGGAGAUGGGGGCGGGUGGUCGGGGGAGGGAGAGAGACUGGGGGAGCCAUCAGUGCAGGCAGGGGAGCGCUCAGACCAGCCACCUGCCGGACCUCUGGGAGGCUCGGGCCUAACCUCAUCCGGACUAGCAGGCUCGGGGCCAGGCAUGGCGAAGGCAGCAGCAGCAGGGGCGGCAGCAGGCGGGGGGGGUGGGGCAAUGGGCACUCCUGCGGUGGGGCCAGUGAGGGUGAAGGUGUCGGCUGUGAGGAAGCCCUCCCGCCAGCUGUCGGACCUGUGGCUGCGCCAGGAGGUGCGCGGCGCACAUGACGGCGCCGUGUGGGUGGCGCGCUUCAGCUGCUGCGGGCGCUACCUGGCCACGGGCGGGCAGGAUGGCGCUGUGCGCGUGUGGCGGGUGGAGGGGGCAGCAGGGGGGGCGGGCGAGGGGAGUGGUGCAGCGGACGAGGUGGUGGUGGGCGCGUGGGAGCGGCGUGGGGUGAGGCUGGGUGGGGGAGGGGGCAGUGGAGGGGUGGAGGUUGGGGGCGGAAACACAGGAAGCGCGACGGUGAAGGGGUGGGAGGAAGCUCAGGUGCGGGUGAGAGGGUACCCACGGGAGUGGUUGGAUGGGACGCCAGCAUUCGCUUCGGAGGAGAUUGCCCCGCCUGCCCUCCCCCACGCCGCGUCGCUGUCGUCUGGCUUCCGCUCCGUGCCUUCCUCCCCCAUGCACCCCCUGCUGCGCCCCUCCUCUGCCGCCCCCCACGCACCUCCAGAGGCAGCGCCACGCGGCCGCGGCAGCGGCAGCGGCAGCGGAGGCGGGGGUGGCGGGACGAGCAUGGGGCGGGCGGUGGCGCUGUUCCGCCUGCAGGAGGCGGCGCUGUGCUGCUUCACGGGCCACUCCGCUGACGUGCUCGACCUCGCCUGGGCGCCCAACGGGGUGCGCCCCUCCCCACGCCUCUCAUGCCGCCUCUCAUGCCGUCCCUCAUGCCGUCCCUCAUGCCGCCCCUCCCCACGCCCCUCCCCAUGCCCCUCCUCAACACCUGCCUCAGUGAUCCUCUUUUCUCUCCCUCCUUGCCAGACCCACUGUUCGCAUCCAUGCAUACAAGACCUCUCAUCGCCAUCCCCAUACACGUGUGCCCCUCCGUCUCCUCCCCCCCCUCCCAAUGCAGCGCCCGCUGCUGGUGUCGGCCUCAGCGGACAGGACGUGACGGCGGUGGCGUGGCACCCGCGGCAGGCGGGUGUGUUUCUGACAGGGGCGCUGGAUGAGAAGGUGCGCGUGUGGGCGGCAGCGCAGGGCGCCGUGCUGGACUGGGUGGACGUUGGUGAGAUGGUCACUGCCGCCGCCUUCACCCCCGAUGCCCAGGUGCGUGCCUUCACCCCCGAUGCCCAGGUGCGUGCCUUCACCCCCGAUGCCCAGGUGCGUGCCUUCACCCCCGAUGCCCAGGUGCGUGCCUUCACCCCCGAUGCCCAGGUGCGGCUGCCCAUGGUGCCACAGCCUUGUGUGCUCAGAGAGGUGCGUGCUGUGAAAGCUUUGUGUGCUGCUAACGCUCUGGGCAUAGCAGUGGGGACAGCCAUCGGCAACUGCCGCUUCUACUCCAUCUCUGCUGAGUCUGGACGAGUUGUGUCGGCGGCCGACUCGCGCCUGCAGCUGUACCAGGGCGCGCAGCUCAAGUGCAAGCUGCAGGGCCACAAGAACACCACCUCGCACCUCGCGGCGGCUGUGAGUGUGGGCGGCGACUUCAUCGUGACGCCCAGUGAGGACGGCACCAUCUUCCUCUUCAACCCGCCUGGGCUCGUUGCCAAAACCGGUCAGCCGAAUGACCGGCAGAAGGCAUACGAGUAUUUUGCGUGCCCGAGCGUGAGCAGUGCAGUGGCAGUGUGGCCGCUGGGGGUGGAGAGGCGGCGAGUGGGGCAGUCGUCGCUGCUGCCCUCAGGUGCUGCCAGCGCCUCUCUGCCCGGCCUGCUGCCUGACCAGCCACGUCUCAUCCCCCGGGGGAUCAGCUCCGCCUCUCCUGCUGCCACCGUCACGACACGCCUAGGCGCUGCUCCUUCCCCUGCCACUGCUGCAGCGCCUGCCACUGCCAGCAGCGGUGGCGGCAGCACGGUGGGGCUGUUCUACGGGGGUGCGGCUGCCCUCACAGCAGCCGCAGUGGCGCCUUCUCCCUCGCCGACAUUGGCGGGCGCGGACUGGGAGCAGAGCAGCCGGGGCAGCCAUGGGGACAGUGAUCCCAGCCGCCCCACCACGAGUGCCAGCGUGGGUGGCAGUGCAGGGCAUGACAGCACGUCCAUGGGGGGGUCGGGCGAGGCGGACAAGGCGGUAAGGGAGCGCUUUGAAGCUGCUGUGGCCGCCAUCGCUGAUGGCGGGGCAGGCGCUGCGCCUGGUGAUGGUUCGGGACAGGUAGUGCAGGACGGAGGUUGGAGUGUGGCAGCAGCAGAUGGGGGAGCAGCAUCAGCAGGCGCUAGCAAGCCUCUGCUGCACUCUGCUGCCCCAGGGGCGUCACGAAGCCCUCUUCGUCUUCUCUCCCCCUCCUGGGCGGCAAGUGAUGAGGUGGGGGGCGGCGGCAGCAGUGCAGCCGAUGGGCUGGAAGCGGCGGCAGCAGCAGUGGCGGGCACAGAGGGACCAACGCAGGCUGGACCGAACGCAGCAGCACAGGCAGCGGGUGGAGCAACAGCAGCAGCAUCGAGACGGAAAGAGCAGGUGGCAGCCGCCGCAUCAGCUGCCGCACCCACACCACCCAAGGGCAGAGCCGCAGCCACAGGGGGGGGGGGCAGGAGGAGGGGCAGGGGGAGGAGGGGGGGAGGGAGGGGGGUGGCAGUGGGGCGAGGGCACGGCGGAGAGGGCGUCGGCACUGGGGCUGGUGAUCGUGGCGGCCAGCUUCACGGGCGAGCUGAGGGUGUACCAAAACAUGGCCGCCCCCUCCAAGGGGUAGCCCUCCCUCCCCUCUCCCUCCACCCCUAG